AUGUUCUCCAGUACCGUGGCCCGUCCACUACAGCUGGCCACCCGGUUCAUGCAGUGGGCCAGUGCAGUCAUCGUGAUGGGUAUCACUUCAUACUUCAUCCACAAGGGGCCUCGCGGCCAGCACACUAUCUACUGGGAAGUCAUUUCGACCAUGUCUGUUGUCUUCUUCCUGCCCGCCUUCAUCUCGCCGUUCAUGCCCAAUGCCCUAAGCAAGUUUGUUCUGAUCAUCGAUGUCAUCUUCUCGUACCUCUGGCUCACGGCUUUCAUCUUUGCCGCGCAAGACUACAACUGGCACAACUGCGCCUUCAACUCUCCCCCCGGCCUGUCCUGCUCUAAGAAGAAGGCCAACGAAGCUUUCAUCUUCCUGACCUUCAUCUUCACCUUCUUCGCCAUGUUCCUCGAAGUCGGUGCGCUCUGGGCCUACAAGCGCGAGAGCACCCCAGUCCGGGAGAAGAACACUGGUGGCGCUCACGGCGGUCCUGCUGACGCGCCUCUGGCCACAGCCUAG